ACUGAUUGGGAAGGUGGAUAUUUCCCAGUCACUCUCCAUUUCACUGAAAAUUACCCAAGUAACCCACCAACCUGCAAGUUCCCACGAAGGUUUUUCCAUGUCAAUGUCUAUGAUUCUGGGGAUGUAUGCCUGUCAAUACUUGGUGAUGCAUGGGCGCCCUCUAUCACAGUGCGGCAAAUUCUUAUAGGCAUCCAGGAGCUGCUGGAGAACCCAAACCCAGCCUCUCCCGCACAGGAUUUUGCUUACGAUGUUUUUGCAGAG